AUGUCCAAAGUCAACCGACGCAAAGAAAUAAAAGAGAAAGAGGCUCUACAGUUGAAGUUCCAACUUGCGCUUUCACAAAACACUAAAAAUGUCUUGAAUUGGCUACCGACGCUCCAAAGCGCCAAGAAUGACCACAACGACGUAUUAACCGCCGACCGCCAACUUUUUCUAGAUUUGCCAAUCGUUGCCAGUGGUACGGGACUCUCGGACCUUGAGAAAUCUGACCAGAACAGUACUGUAGGCGACUUUUUGGGGUCUGACGGAACACCGAAGAAUGUCAAGCCCGAGAGCCGAAAGGAUAUUCGUAAUGGGUCGAAAGCCAUGGCGGCAUUGAUGAACCGUAUGAGAUCAGACAGCAGAAAACAGGUUCGGGAGUACGGACAAGACAGGGUUCACAAGAACAAGCUGAGACUCUUAGAGGAAGUUAAGAAAAAUCAAGCAAACAUGAAAAGAACAAAACAAGUAGAGGAGGAAGAUUCGGACGAAGAACAACUGAAGCAGUCUCAGAUCGGUGCCAAGAAGACAGCACGGAUGGAGUUCGGAAAGGGUAAAAAACGGCCAUUCUAG